UCCUUUUUUCAGGGGGGGCAAUCUUUUUUUUCUCCCCGCUGGAGUGCCCCCUUUGCCUUUUUUGGGGGGGGAACAUUUUUGUGCCCCCUUUUCCCCGCCCGUUGCAUUGGCUUUCGUUUCCUUGCCGGCUCCCUCUUCUCUUUUCCUUCCCUUCCCCGGCUGCUCCUGUUCUUGCUUCAUGCCUUGCCAAGUUCUGGAGCUUGUGGUGCAAGUGCCCGGCUGCUGCUACCGCCGCCUCGCUGCUGCCCAUCGCUGCGCCUCAGUAGGCUCCCUCCAGGACGGACCGAGCGGCGCCCCCCAUCGUCCUCAUCGCUGCAGCCGCCGCCGCCACCUCUUCCUUCCGCCUGUGCAACUUUCCCCCUCCGCCUAGAGUGUGAUGUUGGACAUGGGCGAUAGGAAGGAAGUGAAAAUGCUACCCAAGUCGUCCUUUAGCAUCAACAGCCUGGUCCCCGAAGCUGUCCAGAGCGACAACAACCACAGCCACCACCACCACAACCACCACCCGCAUCACCACCACCCGCACCACCAUCACCACCACCACCACCAUCACGCCCAGCAGCAGCAGCAGCAGCAGCCGCCGCCCCAGAGGGCGACCCCGGAUGAGGACGACGAAGAGGAAGAGAAGAACCAGCUCCUGCUGCAGCCCCCCGGGGUGGGGGUCGGCGUGGCGGCCGCCUCUGGCGCUCCCGCCACUUCUGUCCCCAUGGAGGUGGCCAAGGGGGAUCUCUUGGCUGGCAAAGGGGAGCCCGGCUCGGCCGCCGAACUGGACGAUAAGGAGAAAGGGUCGUCGGAGGAGAAGAAAGGGGCGUCGGAAGGGGCCAAGGACGGCGGCGGCGGCGAAGGCGGGGGCAAGGAAGGCGAGAAGAAGAACGGCAAGUACGAGAAGCCGCCCUUCAGCUACAACGCCCUCAUCAUGAUGGCCAUCCGGCAGAGCCCCGAGAAGCGCCUGACCCUCAACGGCAUCUACGAGUUCAUCAUGAAGAACUUCCCUUACUACCGGGAGAACAAGCAGGGCUGGCAGAACUCCAUCCGCCACAACCUCUCGCUCAAUAAGUGCUUCGUCAAGGUGCCCCGGCACUACGACGACCCGGGCAAAGGCAACUACUGGAUGUUGGACCCUUCCAGCGACGACGUCUUCAUCGGCGGCACCACCGGCAAGCUCCGGCGGCGCUCCACCACCUCCCGGGCCAAGCUGGCCUUCAAGCGGGGCGCCCGCCUCACCUCCACCGGCCUGACCUUCAUGGACAGGGCGGGCUCCUUGUACUGGCCCAUGUCUCCUUUCCUGUCCCUCCACCACCCGCGAGCCAGCAGCACUUUGAGUUACAACGGGACCACGUCGGCUUACCCCAGCCACCCCAUGCCCUACAGCUCAGUGUUGACUCAGAACUCCUUGGGGAACAACCACUCUUUUUCCACGUCCAACGGCCUGAGCGUGGAUAGACUCGUCAACGGCGAGAUCCCUUACGCCACCCAUCACCUCACGGCAGCAGCGCUGGCCGCCUCGGUGCCCUGUGGCUUGUCCGUGCCCUGCUCCGGCACCUAUUCCCUCAACCCCUGCUCGGUGAACCUGCUGGCGGCUGGGCAGACGAGUUACUUUUUCCCCCACGUCCCUCACCCGUCCAUGACUUCCCAGAGCAGCACUUCGAUGACGGGACGGGCUGCCUCAUCCUCCACCUCGCCGCAGGCGCCCUCCACUCUCCCUUGCGAGUCCUUAAGACCCUCCUUGCCGAGUUUUACCACGGGACUCUCGGGUGGACUGUCUGAUUAUUUCACACAUCAAAAUCAGGGGUCUUCCUCCAACCCGUUAAUACAUUAACCUCCAGGGGAGUCAAGACUGUAAGUGAACAUUUUACACACCUUUACCUUGUAAAUGAGAAUGAAGCGAGAGCGAGCGAGAGAGCGAGAGAGAGCGCGAGAGACUAUAAAUGAACAAAACGGGAAGGGAAAAAAAAAACUCACCCAGGAAAAAAAAAGCCCAGGUAUUUUUUAUUCAGUUUCUCCCCCUCCCCUCCCCUUCCCCCCCUCUUCCCCCAUUUUCUGUACGUUUGUUCAGUCUUUAGGGUUGUUUCCGAUUCCAACAAAGCGAGGCGAGUCAGCAGAUGUGCAAAGCUGGGAAGAAUACAUUGUAGAUGAUGAAGCUGGGAAGGGUAAAAAGGCCGUAGAAGGUAUAUCUAAAAUAGUGACGGGUUCUCUCUCUUUUUUCUGUUUCUUUUUUGCCAUUUUGACUCCACGACGACACGGUGUGGGUUGUUCCCCCUCCUCCUUUUUCUUCUCCGCACGCGGACCUACCAGAUUUUCCAUGUUUGCAGUAUUAUAAGUUGUCAUGGAUGUGUUGGUGGGUGCAGACCAAGACAAGGAAAAUGUCUGAAAACGAAAUACUUGAGGCCAGUUUGAAAAACGCCACGAUGCAAACGGUUGUUGGUGUGGUGGAAGCAGAACAAUUAGGCACAGAAGCCCAAGAAUUACAUUUUGGCCCUGGAUUCUUUUGUUCUCCACUUAAAAAAAAACCAGUCGAUUUUCUUUCCCCCUUCCCCCCCUUUUGUUUACUUUUAGACCAAAGAUUGGGUUUUAGAAAAUGCACUCGGUGUCCGAAAUGUUUUUUUAAAAUCAGUCAAUCAAAACAAGAAGGAUAUUUCAGUUUUGCAGCACUGCCCGUUCAAAUGAAUUCGAGGGGACAAAAAUUCAUGAAUUGCCUUCAGUUUGUGUUGUGUAUAUUUUGAUGUAUGUGGUCACUAACAGGUCACCUUUAUUUUUUUUAAAUGUAGUGAAAUGUUAAUACCUAUUGUACUUAUAGGUAAACCUUGCAAAUAUGUAACCUGUG